CCAGAAGUACAACAUAAAGUAUGGAAGAGCAGAAGAAAGAGGAGAAAACAGAAGAGGAUCUCACAGAACCUUUCUUUGAAGCCUUGCUAGAAUAUCAGAUUCAUUUAAAAGAAGAAAAAAUUGAUCAGAUUUUGCUUGAUCUGAAACAAGUGGAAGAAAAGAACAAAGAAUACCAAGAAAAAAAUGACCAUGUGAAGGACGAACAGCAGGCACGCAUCCGGCGUAUCCUGAGAAAGCUGGAAGAGGAGGAGAAAGAGCAAGACCAAAAGGACAUUGUAACUAGGGAUGACGUUGAAGAGUCACUGAAAGCAAAGUGGCAGUAUGUUAAGGACCAGGAACAACUUCUGAAAGAUCUGUACUUCCAGAUAGAAGAAACAGACCAAAAACUUCUACUAAAGCGGGCUGAGAGGGAUUACUGGUUGGAGUACAAAAAUGUAGGAAGCAAAACACAGGCCAACAAGAUUAAGAAUCUGGAAAAAGACAUCAAGGAAGUUAAAGAUGACCUUUGCAGGGCUACAGAAUAUUAUGCAAAUGCCUUGAAAAUCCUGAAAGAAAAAAAUGACAACCUGAUUGAGACACAAAUGAAGAAGAGCAAAGAACAGGCCCCUGAGAACGCUGUAAAACGCAUAGACAAGAGCAGUUGCAGGGACAUCGAAGAAAACGAAUGGCUAAAAGAAGAGAUAAAAAUUUACCGAAAGGAGAUAAGUGAUCUGAAAGCCUCUAUUUACCUCUUGGAAGAAGAAAAUAUAGAUCUAGUGAUGCAAUUGCUUGAUCUCAGACUUCAGCAUCUGAGAGUACCCAGGCAUUUGUUUCUUACCCAGGCAGCUGGCUUSCAAAAUGAGUUACCUAAGGAUGGAAUGAAAGGAUUAGAGCAUGGAGAACAAGAAGCAGAGACAGAUGGAGAUGAGAGUCCUARAGAUGCCUUAGUCCSCCACCAAAAUGAAAAAGCUUUUUCMAAGUUUACUUCUGAAACAGAGAAUGAGAAGCCUCAAGAGAGCUAUGAGGAACUGUGGGAAGAUUCAUUUGYUCCAACUCUUGGUAGCUUGUUGUAUGAAGACGAAAAAGAUUUCCAGGAAUACUUAAAAUUGGGUCCUCUGGAGAGAAAACUGAUGUGUGUGGUGGGAAGAGCCAUGCCUGUUCAUGAGGAGUCACAAGAGAUGCCAGGCAAGAGCCACUUUGAAGAUGGCUUCAUGAGCAAACCAGGCAAGAACAUCACAGCUCAGAUGAUCAGAUCCUUAUCUAAGGAGAAGAUUGGUUAAAAGUUGACAACCUCUGCUGUUAACGUGGAAAUGUCACAUUCUGAGUUCAUUAAAUAUUUGCUCUGUUCUUACAGGAGCGUGUGGCACUGUGCUUUGUGGAAACUCUUCUUAAGUGUCCAAAACGUAAUGGUUCACUGUGCAUUAAACAGUCAGUUAGGGAGAUGUCUGUGCCCUGAUGGCUCAUUGAAAGGCUGCCUUCCUUAGCAGUGUGAGCCUCAGUGGUGACUCKCACACAGUCCUUGGGAUUCUCAAUCCGAGCAGAUUCAUAUGUAACUAAUAAAGAAUCCAAGUUAAUAUUUGGCUGUGUGGUUCCUGUUUGCAGGCUGUCAUAUGUGGAAUAACAUCUUGAUCAGACAGUGAGCAGAUAAAUGCAGGCUGCCAUAAAAUGCAGAACUUACUACCUUGCCAAGGCAAAAUCUUGUUUAUGCCUGAUUACUACUGAUAGAAAUUAGUUAAUGCAUUUU